AUGACCUCCUCCCUCCUCCUGGCGCUCCUUACAGCGCUGCCCCUGAGAGCGCAGAAAACUGUUCAAGAGAGGAGGUGGUGCGACACUUACGCCUCCACGCAGAGACACAAGCAGAGACAAAGCCGCGUACCAGUACAACUGAAGUACCGAGACAACUCAGAGCUGCGGGGAAGGAAGCACGCUCCUGAGCUGCGACUACGGAAGGGGACCCCCACCCUCGAAAAUCGUCUCGAAGACCGCCUCUCCACGGCGUCUGUAUGCAGCAGUGCUGCUGGCACGUCCCAGCUCAUUAUCCACUUGCUUGCUCUCCGGCGCGCGCCUGGAGGCAUCACUCGCAGUCGCCCGAGGCGAUGCGACAAAGAAAACCGCGCCAGCGGGAAGCGAAGGGGAUGGGGAGCAGCGCGACGCUUAGGCUUUUCUGCGCGGACACAGCAUAAGAAUCAAAAUGAACCAUGA